UAACUAAUUUUUAAAAAUAGAUUUGUAACACUUUAUAUAAAUUAGUUAACUCAAAAUUUAACAGUCGCGCGAAAUUCGUCAGUUAUGGGGGUGGAUUUUAAGAUUGAUAUUUUGCUGCUUUUUCUAUGUGAGUUCAGCAUUAUUCAAUCAGUAACAGUACCCUUAACAUGCUGGAAUACUAAAUCAUCAUAUCCAGAAUCAGAGUUAGUAUCUUCAUUAUUGAAAAAUGAAAAUCCUGACUUAUUUUCAUUGAUUAAAACAAAAAAAGACACCAAUAAAUUUGAAAUCGAUAACAUACGAAAAAGAUUACAAGGCAAUGGCAAUUCCCAAAAGCCUCAAAAAAUGAAAACCCCAGAUCCAUCAUCAUGGACCAGAAGAAAUCUAGAUGUCGAUACAACCAAACCUCCUGAUCCUAUUAGAAGUUCUACACAAGAAAAUAAUUUUAACCUAGAUCUACUGAAAUAUGAGCAUUUUGAUCCAACAGCUAGAUCCAAGGACAUGCGCUUAAUAGAAAUUGAUAAUACUCCUAAAACUUUUACAGAAGGAUCUCACCUUAAGAAUGAACUACUGAGAUAUGGCAAAUGUAAAUUAAUAUCAUCUAAAACUGAAAGUGAUAUCAAGCCAUUCGAAGUUGAUUUUAGAAAUUUCAAUCAGGGAAAUAAUGAGCGGCUGUCAACCAUAAUUAAAGCUGAAGAAGAUCUUAAACAAUCUAAUGGCAUCAAAACUGUUUUACAAAAUCCUUUACAAGAGGUAUCAAAUCGAGUGCAAAACUCUGGAAUAAGAUUCCCUUCAAACGUAGUGCAAACAUCUCCAGCAUUUUUUACAUGUACUCAGCCUAAUUUACAAGCUGCUCAAUCGUGUUUAGUACAGAAUCCAAAACUAAAUGAUAAACUAUAUUUGCAAGAAUCCUCCUUACAAAUGAUGAAAGAAUUUGAUAAUUUUGCUUCGAAUAAUUUUCCUCCAUUGCCAAUGGAUUAUAAAGUUGUAAACAGAUUUGAAACUCCUGGGUUACAAUCUGUACACCUACUAUUUCCCUAGGAAUAUUAGAAGAUAAACAAAUAGUAGAACCGACUAUUCCUCUUAAAUCCCUUCCAAAUUGGGAAACUAUACAGAAAUUUGUAAAUGAUGCAUAUAAAGCUAAUAAAGAAGUCAUAACUCCAGUAAUGUCUCCAGCAAAUAUUGUAAAGGCAAAUUUCGCAAGUGCUCUACCAAUAACUGACGUUAAGGCUACACCACUUUCAGCUUUACCGAAUACGAUAUCAGAACAAAAUACAGAUGACAACGUUAUAAUACUUCCAAUACCAAUAACAAGUAUUCAUAACAGAGUAAUACCUAGUGAUCGGGUG